UUCAAAGAAAACUCUAAAAACAAGUGUAAGGUUUUUGGUGUUUUUAAAAUUUUGAGAACAAAAAACUGUUUCCGGAACACAAACCAAACAUGACAUUUCUUUCUUCAGUAGCCGUAAAUCAUCGACCAUUCUUUUUUGCAUAUAAUUCAUAUAACCACUGAAAUAUGCUGAAUAAGAAUAUGUUAACUCCUGUUGGGUUGGAAUUCUAUCUCUGAUUAGUUUGACAGCAGCUUUCAGUGGGGCAGUCUACUGGAGCCUAAAUUUCUGAGCAAGCUACAUUGUAAUUUGAUACCUAAAGAUUUGGCAAUUAGAAUUGUAGUUGGUCUUUUCUUUUGAUUGAUCAUUGCUAAUCUUAAAGUUUAGUUUGCAUUUUAUUUUUCACCAGUGCUGUUGUUUAGAAAUGUAUGGUGCAGUAAAGUGGAAAUUGUUCCACCACUCCACCUUGCUCCCCUUUCUCUGGAGAUAUCAAAAUUCUUAUCUUUAUCAUAUUAUGCAAUUUUCAAUUAUUCAAUGAAUUUACAUGUAAAAACUAAUAAUCUUCAUGGCAAUGUACUUGUAGGAACCUCUCUUGUCAUUGGAAGCUGAAUAUCAGUCAGGAAGUAGUAUUUUGCUUGAGAAAAUAAAGGUUUCAUGCCAUUUUAGCUUUUUGGUUCUUGCAUCUUGUGGCUACUUAAAUAUAUUUGCACAUUUAUGCAGGUACUGAGUGAACGGUAUGCUUCCAUCAGGAGAACAAGGGGAGAUGGAAACUGCUUUUUUCGAAGCUUUAUGUUUGCUUACCUUGAGCAUAUUCUGAAAUCACAAGAUCGAGCAGAAGUUGAUCGCAUCACAGCCAAUGUGGAAGAAUGCAGAAAAACACUUCAGAGUUUAGGUUAUGCAGACUUCACAUUUGAAGAUUUUUUUGCGUUGUUCCUCGAACAGCUUGAAAGUGUUCUUCAAGGGAGUGAAGCUUCCAUUAGUCACGAUGAGCUUGUGCAGAGAAGUCGAGAUCAGUCGGUAUCUGACUAUGUUGUUAUGUUCUUCAGAUUUGUUACCUCCGGUGAAAUACGCAAACGCUCGGAAUUUUUUGAACCAUUUAUACUGGGUUUAACCAAUGCGACGGUAGAACAGUUUUGCAAGUCGUCUGUGGAACCAAUGGGUGAAGAGAGUGACCAUGUGCACAUUACAGCCCUGUCUGAUGCAUUGGGUGUGCCAAUUCGUGUUGUUUAUCUAGACCGCAGCUCAUGUGAUAAUGGUGGUGUCAGCGUAAAUCAUCACGAUUUCACUCAUGUCACUGGUGAUCUGCCCGCUGAUGCUGCCACUGUUGGUGACCCUAAGACCAUCAAUCCGUUUAUUACAUUGCUAUACCGACCGGGACACUAUGACAUUCUUUAUCUGAAAUGACUUGGUCUCACUUGGACUGGUAAGCUGUUGUCAAGUCUUUUGGUGGUUUUAUGUGUAAAAAUUCCUUACUGAAUGAGAAAUUGGCCUAUCAUCUGUUGCAAUGCACUGCUGCUUGCCAGCCACGGUGAAAUCACGAAAAACGUUGCAAUGAAUCUAUAGAAUGCUUUCAUCUUUUCACCAGAAGAUGGUAGCCUACACCUAGUGAUAUUGACUGUGGGUUGCAGCAUGUUGACAACAUCAUUGAUUCUAUGGAAAUUGUUUGUAGUGUACUUAUGGUUUGGCC